AUGGCAGAGGGAAAGACGCAGACGUUCGACAUUCCGAAGACGUGUAAAGCUGGAGUCGUGGUCAAUGAGGGACCAGAUUUCCGUGUCGAGGUUCAAGAUGUCCCAGUUCCAGAGCCAGGUAUGAACCAGUCCGUCGAGAACCCAUCGGAAGGUCCCAACGAAGUGCUCAUCAAGCUUAACGCAACCGGCAUCUGCCACUCUGACAUUCACUACAUGAUGAACGAUUGGGCAGUCCCAAAGAUGUCCGCGCUUGGUACAAAAUGCGCGGGGCAUGAGGGCGCAGGCGUCAUUGUGAAGUGUGGAGAUCAGGUCAAGACGCUGAAGCCAGGCAUGCGAGCAGGCUACAAACCUAUCCAAGACACGUGCGGCGUGUGCGAAUUAUGCCGAAAUGGCAAUGAAUGCUAUUGCCCGAAAGCGGUGCUUACUGGCCUGAUGGUCGACGGCUCGUACAAACAAUACAUUGUCUCACCCGAACGAUACACCACCCUUAUACCAGAUAAUGUCAACGAUUACAUAGCUGGCCCGAUUAUGUGCAGCGCUUCGACCAUCUACACUUCAAUCGUAGAUUCUGGCUUAAGGCCAGGGGAUUGGGCUGUGUUUCCCGGAGCAGGCGGUGGUGUGGGCAUGCAGGGUGUGCAGCUUGCAAAGGCCAUGGGUCUGAGAGCAGUGGCCAUUGAUACCGGCGAUGACAAGCGAAAGCUAUGUGUUGACACUUCUGGCGCAGAAGAGUUUAUCGACUUCAAGAAGGUUGACAACGUGGCAGAAGAAGUAGUUCGCAUAUGCGAUGGCAUUGGAGCGCACGCCGUCUUUGUGACUGCGGUACAGACUUACCCUUCAUCCAUCUCGUACCUCGGGGGUCGCAUAGGAGGAAAAGUUAUGUGUAUCGGCCUGCCACCAGCUGGCACCCAGCACAUCGACGUCGAUCCCAAUCAGAUGUGUUUUAAGAAGCAGAGUGUCCAGGGAACGCUUGUCAGCAGCAUGGCUGACGUCGACAAGACUUUAGACUUCGCGAGGAGAGGGUUGCUGAAACCCAUCUACACCGUGUACCCCAUGAGCCAGUUCAAUGAGGUUGUUCAGAAGCUUAGGCGUGGAGAAAUCGCUGGCAGGGCCGUGGUCGACUUCAAUCAGCCGUAGGCGAGGAUAUGCAGUGCGGCGCAUUUUGCCAGAAUCGUGUACAUUUCGUGUGUAUAAAUGAAUCAGUAAUACAAUGCAAUGUAAACGACUUUGUCUG